AUGGCGGAAAUCAUCGAGAUCGGCUCGUCUUCGCCACUAAGCAGUCCUGGUGGGAAAGUCGAAGCAAAGACAACUUUCCAGAUUCCGAUCGAUUUCAUAGUUGGCUCGGAUGGCUCGGAUGGCUGUGAGGAUUGGGAUUCGCUCGACUUCACGAUCGACCGCCCUUCCAAGAAGCGACGCAUAGCACCAGAAAUCCAAAAUAAAAAAGUAACGUCCGAAACAUUGCUGUUUGACCUGUCAUCUGACCAAGAAGAGCCGCCCCAGUUGAGGAGAAUAACAUCAGCAGGUUGUAGGGAUCGGUUACAGUGUUCCAACGCAGCGACGACCACUUUUGAUGAAAUCACAUUUUCUUCCUCCGCUCCAGAAUUGAGCCAGUCAAAGGCAAACACUGGGAAGAAAACCUGGAACGACUCACAAGACGACAUCAAUCUAAGCUUUGGAGGCGAAUCUACCGAUGCUGGCUACUCUCACCGGACUGCGCAGCUUCUGGCGACACUCUCUCAACCUAUUUUGCACGACAGCAAGGUGCGUUCACGACCUGCCAAAGUGGACACAGUGCGCAAGGCGCUAAAAUCGACCUCUAAGAGUGAAAGCCGGGACGAGAUUCUCUUCACUUCAAGUCCUGAGAAAGCGAAGCCUUUGAAAAAGCCCAAGCCAUCAGCCGUCACAAAAGCUAACCGGGAUGCUGAGAGAGAAGCAGAGAAGGAGCGAAAACGACUAGAGCGGGAGCGGAAAACCCAGGAAAAACAGAAGGCUGCAGAUCUUGCUGAGGUCAAUAAAGCUCGGACAAAUAAGAAAAGCACAGCAUCGGAAAUGAUAGUCGAUGUGACUAGUUCGCUGCAAGGUACUAGUAUCGGAAACCAGGUCGAACAAUACAUGAAGCAGGCAGAGAUUGAGAUGCACUACUUUGAUGACGAGAUCAAUUUGAUGUCAGAUGUUGUUGAAAAGAACCACUUCGGAAAUGUAAUCAGGUGGCGGCGCAAAGUCGGUUCGGCCUACAAUGACGAGCAGGGUCUGUGGGAGCCCACUUCGAGAACACGCAUUGAACGAGAAGAACACAUCUUAAUUCACAUGCCUGCCACUGAGUUUGUUGCGACCAUGGUCUCACGAUAUCCCGUGUCCUCCAUGGACACGGUCCCAAGCGAAGCAACUAUGAAAGCAAACAUAGACGCCCACGUUGUGUCAAUGCGCAGUCGGUACCAUGAAUGCAUUCCAGUCUAUGUUAUCGAGGGAAUGAGUACGUGGUUGAAGAAGAACGCCAAUGCAAAAAACCGACAAUAUGCUGCCGCUGUGCGAGCACAAGUGGACGACGCGGCAACAGAGGCAUCCAACCCGGUCUCAAAUGGUGCUCAGCCCAGAAGUAAGAAACGCAAGAAGCCUGCAGCCCCCUCGGUAGACUUGUCGUCCAUCACUAGUGCACAGGUGGAAGACAUUCUCCUGCACCUACAGCUCGCCCAUCAACCAAUUUUCAUUCAGCAUACCGCAUCACCGGCGAACACUGCCUCGCAAAUAUUGACACUCACCCAGCACCUGUCAACCAGGCCUUACCGACUGGCUCAGCUUGACUACAAUCUCAGGAAUGCGUCGUUCUGCAUGGAUAGUGGUCAGGUCAAGACGGGCGAAAACGCAAGAGAGACUUUUGCUAAGAUGCUACAGGAGGUGCAGCGGGUCACCCCAAGCAUGGCAUACGGUAUAUUAGAUGGAUGGAGCAGUGUGACGAAACUCGUCAGUGGGUUUGAAGAACAUGGCAAUCUCUUACUGGAGGACGUCAGAAAAAGUCUCAACAAAGACGGCGCUUGGAGUGAAAGGAGACUGGGCCCGAUGGUGAGCAAGCGAUUGUUCAAGGUCUUUAUGGGAAGAGAUCCAACUGCUACCGAUGGGAUGUCUUGA